AUGAGAACUGCCAAAAUAGUACCGCUAGUCACGUCUCUUCGGAGCAGGCUCAGCCAGCUCCCAGUAUGGACUGCUCGUGCUUACUCCACCAAGUACCCACAAGAAAUCCAGCUAGACGGACAGUCGUACAAGACUGACGAGUGGACCAACGUCCCUCCAUACAUCUUGGAGUUGACCAAGAGACAAUUACACCAAAACCCCAACCAUCCGAUCGGAAUCCUCCGUGACUUGAUCCAGUCCAACUUCAAGGACUUGGGAUACACCUUCUACAACAACUUCAAGCCAGCAGUGACCACGGUAGAGAAUUUCGACAUCUUGGGGUUUCCCCAAGACCACCCCGGUAGAUCCAAGUCUGACACCUACUACUUGAACAAGACGCACUUGUUGAGAACCCACACCUCAGCCCAUGAACACGAGUGCUUCCUGGACUGCAAGACCCCAGGGUACUUCAUCACUGCCGAUGUCUACCGCAGAGACGAGAUCGACAGAACGCACUACCCGGCGUUCCACCAGAUGGAGGGUGCAAGAAUUUGGUCGAAGGACACUCCUAACUUCGAGGAGCAGCUCGUGAAGGAUAUCGAGUCCAUCCCCAAAACCAACAUUAUCGUGGAGGACCCGGUGAGAGAUGCACCAACUCACCCAGGAAACCCCAAGCAGGACUACAUGACCGAAAAACAGGCCCAGUUGAUCAGUAUCCACUUGAAGAAAACAAUUGAAUUUUUGGUCCACAACGUGUUCGAGACUGCCAGAGAAUCCGCCAAAUUGGCUGGUUCCACCGAGCCCUACUUGAACGAGCCAUUGAAGGUGCGUUGGGUCGAGGCAUACUUCCCCUGGACCAGUCCCUCGUUUGAAAUUGAGGUCUGGUGGAAAGGUGAAUGGUUAGAGUGCUGUGGAAGUGGUAUCGUCAACCAACAAGUAUUGCUGAAUGCGGGCUUGACCGACGACAAGUUGGGAUGGGCCUUUGGAAUUGGUCUCGACAGAAUAGCCAUGUUGCUCUUUGGAAUUCCCGACAUUCGUUUAUUCUGGUCCUUGGAUGAGAGAUUCAGUCUGCAAUUCCAACAAGGUAAGAUCGCUACAUUCGUGCCAUACUCCAAGUACCCAGGAAUUGACAGAGACAUUUCUUUCUGGUUGCCUGGAGACUCGGUUCUUCACGAGAACGAUGUCAUGGAGUACGUUAGAUCGCACGCUGGAGACUUGGCUGAAAGCGUGGUUCUCAUCGAUGAGUUUGUUCACCCCAAGACUGGAAAGAAGAGUCAGUGCUACAGAAUCAACUACCAGUCCAUGGACAGAAGCUUGACUAGAGACGAGAUCAACGUCAUCCACAGCAAGGUUGAGAACGACUUGGUCGACAACUUUGACGUCUCCAUCCGUUAG